AUGAGUGAGGAUAGUGCUGAGCAGGUGAGGAAGACAUUUAUUGAGCAGGUGAGGAUGCGUAAGGCUGCGUUGGAGCAAGCGAAGCUUGCCAAACAGAAGGCCGAGGAAGACGCCAAGCGCGCUGCAGAGGAAGAGGAGAAGAAAAAGCAGGAGGCUGCCGAAGCUGAGGUGAGGGCUGCUGAAGAGGCUAAGGCUGCUGAAGCCAAGGCUCAGGCCGAAGCUGAAGCUGCAGCCCAAAAGGAAGCUCACGCUGAAGCAGAUGUCGAUGCCAUUGAGGCCGAUGUGGAAGAAAAGGUUGAUGAUUCUGAAUCCAACGCUGAAGUGGAGGUAGAUGCCAAGGAGGAGGCAGCUCCAGAGGAGAAGACCGAAGAAGCUGUUGUUGCGCCAGAGAAUUCUAUCUCUGUGUUUCUAGAGAACGUGCACAAGGCUGAGGGCAUUGAGGACCCAUACACAAUGGAAUAUCCAGCCGGUUUGGAGAAACCAGACCCUAGAUAUAAGAAGGAGACUAUGAAGUACACAUAUGGCCCUACUUUCUUGCUGCAAUUCAAGACCAAGAUUAACUUCCAGGUUGAUGAGCAAUUUAAAGCCAGUGUCUUAUCCAAGAUUGUUAUUCCACCAUCUAGUGGCAACAGAAGAAAUAACAGUACCAGAUCCCUUAGAGAUCCAGCUCUUUUGCCAAACUCUUCUCGUAACGGCUCUAGAAGAAGUACCCGUAACUCCAAGAGAUCAUCCAGAAGAGGUGACAGGGACAGGGAUAGCAGAAGAGGCGCCAGAGACUCUUUCAGAAAGGGCGAUGAAAACUCUGAGAAGCAAGAUCAAAAACCACCAGCUGAACCAGUGGCCCCAUUGGUGCCAAGUGCCAACAGAUGGGUUCCAAAAUCCAGACUCAAAAAGGCUACUACCGAAGAUGGCGAGCCUACUGUUAGAUAUGCCCCAGAUGGUAAGACUGUUCUAUUAGAAAAGGAAGACGUCGAAAGAAAGAUGAAGUCUUUGUUGAACAAGUUGACUUUAGAGAAGUUCGAACCAAUUUCUACUGAAAUUAUUGAAAUUGCCAAUCAAUCACAAUGGGAAAAGAACGGUGAAACCCUACAAAUUGUCAUUGAACAGAUUUUCCUAAAAGCAUGUGAUGAACCACAUUGGUCUACCAUGUACGCACAACUUUGUGGUAAGUUAGUAAAAGAUCUUAACGAGGAUAUUGCCGAUGAAAACAACGAGGGUAAGUCUGGUCCUAAGCUAGUUCUUUUAUAUCUAGUUGCUAGAUGUCACACUGAAUUCUCUAAGGGUUGGUCUGAUAAACUACCUACAAAUGAGGAUGACUCCCCAAUGGAACCUGAAAUGAUGUCUGAUGAAUACUACCAAGCUGUUGCAGCCAAGAGAAGAGGUCUUGGUUUGGUCCGUUUCAUUGGUUUCCUAUACAACUUGCAUCUUCUAACAGUUAAAAUGAUGUUUGAGUGUUUCCGUAGGUUAAUGAAGGAUUUAACUGGCUCUCCAUCUAAUGAAGUUUUAGAAUCUGUUGUUGAGUUACUAAACACUGUCGGUCAACAAUUCGAAACUGAUAGCUUUGCAAUCGGUGAAAAUGUCUUGCUAGGUUCCGAUCUUCUAGAUACUCUAUUCGAAUUGAUUCAAAAUGUUAUCGACGCCGGAAAGAUCUCAAGUAGAAUCAAGUUUAAGUUGAUCGAUUUGAAGGAAUUGAGAGAAGAGAAGAACUGGAAUAAUGACAAGAACGACCAAGGACCUAAGACUAUCAAGCAAAUUCAUGAAGAAGACGAAAAGGCACGUCAACUAAAGGCCAUGAACAGCAGUAACAUGGGAUCAAGAAACAACUCCAGACGUUCUGGUGGAAGAGACAGAGAUUUCCCAUCCAGACAAGGUAGUAACAGAGAUAGAGGUUUGAGGAAUUCCAAGAGAGAAUUCUCCUCUCGUAGUAGUACUAACAUAUCAAAGGAUAGCUUUAUUACUACCAGAUCAGCCUCUGGAAGAUACACUAAUGCUCAAACCGCAAGAAACCCUCUACAAAAGGAAGAAGCUCCAAUCAAGCACUCGGCAUCAACGAAUAUGUUCAGUGCUCUGAUGAAUGAUGAUGAGGAAUAA